ACAUCUUUGAUUUGACUUUUCAUUCCAAAUUCAAUCACCUCAAAUCACUUUGUUCAACUUCAACUCUUUCAAAUAUCAACUACACUUUGACUUCACUUCCUUUAGUUGAUCAAAGUCUCUAAAGUCAUCUCAACUGAAGAGGAACAAUCCUCACCGUCUUCAAAAUCCACAUCAAAAUCUUUUUAGCAACCAUUCUCGUCUAUACAUCAAAACUCACUCUUCGUCUACCACCCGACCUUUUACUUCUUUCUAAUCGAUUCUCUCCUGGAUCGUUCAUGUCUAGCGCCCCGACAUCCUUUCAACCUGACUUACACAACAAUUUGUGUCGCAGUUGGCCACCGGCUAGCAUCAAUCUUUCAAAUCCUCCUCCCAUUUAAAUCAAUUUGCCUAUCUUAGGCUAUUACCAUUUUCACCAUUUUUCUCACUCUGCCAUUCUACUUCUUUUACCUUACAUCAUCAACAUCAUUAUCACCUUAACAAUAACUUGAAUCUUUCAUCAUGGCUGUCGGAAUCGUAAACAUUGGCAAAGAUGCCCGUGGUGAUAUGUUUCAUCGCUACAAAAUGCCUGUCCUUCAAGUCAAAGUCGAAGGCAAAGGUAAUGGAAUCAAAACUGUGAUUCCGAACAUGUCGGACAUUGCACGAGCUCUCGCUCGCCCACCUACAUACACUACCAAAUUCUUUGGAUGCGAGCUUGGAGCUCAAACAACCUUUGAUGAGAAGGUCGAUCGUUAUAUCGUCAAUGGAGCCCAUCAAGCCGAUCGUCUCCGUGAACUUCUUGACGUCUUCAUCGAUAAAUUCGUACUCUGUCCAUCUUGCAAGAACCCUGAAACCGAAUUACUGGUCGGUCGUGACGAGAUCAUUUCUCGAGAUUGUAAAGCUUGCGGUCACCGUGGGCUUGUCGAUAAUCGUCACAAGUUGUGCACCUUUAUCCUUAAAAACCCACCCGAGAGUGCUAAGAAGAAGAGCAAGAAGGACAAGAAGAAAGCCAAGGAUGACAAUGAGGGCGGAGAUGCUGCCGGUGGCUCAGAUGAAGGUCACAAUAGUCAAGACGAAUUGACUAAACGGAUUGAAGGCGAAGCGGUUGACGUGAAGACGGCCGAGGCUCAAUCUUUGUUGAAAGACGAGGAUUGGUCUGUUGACACCUCGGCUGAGGCUGUCAAGGCCCGCAUGAAAUCCUUGGAGGCUGGUAUCCAGAAUGGCUUGAGCUUGGGUGACGAAGAUGAAGAGGAUGCUGGUGGUCCUUACGAUUCGUUUGGGGAGUGGGUCACCGAAAAUCGAUCGUCGGCUACUAGUGCUGAGGUGAUGGCGAAAGCUAAAGAGCUCGGUAUCGAGAAGAAGCACAAGGCUGUACAAGUCUUGGCGCAAACUUUGCUCACUGAAGACGCCGUCAAGGAAAUCGGCAAGCACGAAGCGUUAUUUGUCAAGAUGGUCACUUCUGAGAAACAUCAGAAAUCUCUUUUGGGUGGAGUUGAAAUCUUAUGUGGUGACAUCUAUCCGUCUUUGGUCCCGCUUGGAGUGCCUAAGAUUGUGAUGGCUCUCUACCAAGCUGAUGUCUUGGAUGAAGAAGUUAUUAAACAAUGGGGUACUCACGUAUCUAAGAAGUAUGUUGAUAAAGAGAAGAGUAAGAAAGUCAGGAGAGCUUGUGAGCCUUUGUUGAAAUGGCUAGAUGAGGCUGAAGAUGAGGAUGAAUGAGUUGUGAUUUUUUUUCUUGAAAAAUUACACCUGUGCGAUGAUUUUUCUUUUACCCAACACGUCUUCCUCUUCCUUUACUUAUCUUCACCAUGCGUUAUGUUUACCAUUUUGUGGGAUGGUACUUGUUGAGUUUGGUUUUGGUUUGAAUGAGAUACAUGGGACUGAAUCAUUACCAAAGAGUUUUUAUUUUCUUUUACUUUUAUUUUUACCAAUGUGAGAUCCAAUUUUCUGAUGGCAAUUGAUAUACAUGUGUGUAACUUC